AUGGGUCGCUCACUUGCCAUCGCUGCCAUCGCAGCUGUCAUCUUCGUGCUCGCGCAGGGGGCCGCGGCCGCGUGUCAGCGUGGCGUCAAUGGCUGCGCCAAGUGCAACGUCGCCAAGACGAAGUGUGAGGUGUGCCAGAGCGGCUACGGCAGGCACCCCGCGGGCACCUGUCACAAGUGUGGCCCCGGCUGCACCCGCUGCUCCGGGCUCAACCCCGCGCGCUGCACCGCCUGCAAGCCCAAGCACUACCUCAAGGGAUUUAAGUGCUACAAGUGCCCCCGCCACUGCGUGGAGUGCGAGAAGGGCACCGGCAAGUGCCUGCGCUGCAAGCCCCCCACCUGGGACGCGGAUGCCUACUCCUGGGCACCCGUGUACGGCAAGACCUCUGCCGGCACCUGCGUGCUGUGCCAGCCUCAGGGCAACCACGCCGGCUGGUGCUCGGCGUGCAAGGGCGACAAGCCCAAGCGCUGCACCAAGUGCACCGACUUCAACAACGGCUUCCCCAUGUACCUUGACACCUCCUACCACUGCCAGUUCUGCACCGCCCUCCACGGUGACAAGUGCCUCAAGUGCCGCAACGGCGACGGCAAGUGCAUCAUCUGCGCCGAUGGCUGGGUGCCUGAUGGCGCCGGCAGCUGCAAGACGGCUUGA